AUGGCGACGGCGCUGCUGAGGAGCUCUUCCCGGACCCGGGCUACGUCGAGGUUGAUCCUACCGGGAGGUAUGGCAGGGUACCGUGCCUUCGACGAGCACCGGGGCAUGGAGGUGGCGUGGAACCAGGUACAGCUGCACGACUUCCUGCGCGGGCCGGGGGAGCUGGAGCGGCUGUACGGCGAGAUCCACCUGCUCAAGUCGCUCCGCCACCGCGCCGUCAUGCGCCUCCACGCCUCCUGGGUCGACGCCGCCGCCGACGCGACCGCGGCCGCGGCCGCGCCCCGCCCCCGCCGCCCCGCCGUCAACUUCGUCACGGAGCUCUUCACCUCCGGCACGCUGCGGCAGUACCGGCGGCGGCACCCGCGGGCCAGCGCCGCCGCGGUCAGGCGCUGGUGCCGCCAGAUCCUCGAGGGCCUCGCCUACCUCCACGCGCGCGGCAUCAUCCACCGCGACCUCAAGUGCGACAACAUCUUCGUCAACGGCAGCCAGGGCCAGGUCAAGAUCGGCGACCUCGGCCUCGCCGCCGUGGUCCGGCGCCGCGGCCGCGGCGAUCCGGCACGGUGCGUGGUGGGCACGCCGGAGUUCAUGGCGCCCGAGGUGUACGCGGAGGACUACGACGAGCGCGCCGACGUCUACUCCUUCGGCAUGUGCGUCCUCGAGAUGGUCACGCUCGAGUACCCCUACAGCGAGUGCGUCCACCCCGUGCACAUCUACAAGAAAGUCACCUCCGGGAUCAAGCCGGCGGCUUUGUACAAGGUGAAGGACCCCGAGGUGAGGCGGUUCAUCGACAAGUGCCUGGCGCCGGCGUCGCGGCGGCCGAGCGCGGCGGAGCUGCUCGACGACCCGUUCCUGCAGCUGGAGGACGACGGCCUCUGGUACGGAGACGACGAUGCGGACUACAGCACCAUGUACAACUACCUGCACCAGCCGGCGUGCCUGGACCACCACCACAACGCCGGCAGCAACGGCUCCACGGCGAGCAACGGUGUGGUGUCCAAUGGCAGCGGCGGCGGCAGAUGGGAGGACGACUCUGAGGACGACGACGACGAUGGCAUCAUGUUCCAAGGCAUCGACCAGCUGUUCAACGAGCACGAGGACGACGAGCUGCACGUCGCUGGCGUCGACAUCACCAUCAAGAGCAAGCGGAUGGAGGACGGAAGCAUCUUCCUCCGGCUGCGCAUCGCCGACAAAGAUGGCACAGGGAGGGUCCGGAACAUCUACUUCCCGUUCGACGCGGACACGGACACGGCGCUGAGCGUGGCCACCGAGAUGGUGGCGGAGCUGGACAUCACCGACCACGAGGUGACCCACAUCGCCGAGAUGAUCGACGGCGCGGUCGCCGCGCUGCUGCCGCACUGGAGGCCGGGCCCUGGCAUGCACGACGACGACGAUUAUGACGGCGGUGGCGACGGUACUCCGGACACGUCAGGCGCUGCUGACCGUUGCAAGAACUGCCGGUCCAGCGCGUCCUCGGGUGGGUCACUGGAUGACUACAUGUCGGCGGCGGCGGCGGCGGCGGCGCGGCGUGGCUGCCGGUGCGCGGAGAUGCACGGCCGGUUCGAGGAGAUCACGUUCCAGGCCGACGAAGAGCAGGUCCGGUUCCAGGGCUCUGGCUGCAGCUCCGACGAUGGAGGCGGCCAGGCUGAGCACUGUGCAGGAGACGGAGACAGAGACAGAGACAGUAAGCUCUAG